AUGAAGAUCAUCAGUGAUCGACAUGAGGACCUUAUGGCUAAAUUUGGUGCUAUUAUUGCUUGUGGAAUCCUCGAUGCUGGUGGUUGUAAUAUGACUAUUUCUCUUCAAACUAGAACAGGAAACGCUAAUAUGGUAGCCGCAGUUGGCCUCCUUGUUUUCCAAAAUUUCUGGUUCUGGUACCCACUAACAAACUUUCUCAGUCUUGCCUUUUCGCCUACUUGUAUAAUUGCUCUCAACAAAGAUCUCCAGAUGCCAAAAAUGCAGUUUCGCUCAAAUGCAAAGCCUUCAACCUUUGCAUACCCUCCACCUCUUCAAGUGGAAAAGGAAAAGAAAAAGGAGAAGGUGGAGACGGCCAUUUUGAGCAUUACGGCCAAGCACCGGAAAAAACAACAAUUACUAUCCGCUAGAAGUUGUCCUAAAGACGACGCUGCUAAGUCUAAGGAAGAGAAAAUGGAAGAGCCUGCUUUCUCUCUCCUGAAUAACCCUGCCAGAGUGAUGCGCGCGCAGCAACGUGUUCUCAGUCUUCCAGAGGGCUCGCGCUAUUACAUGCUUAAGCCUAUUAACCAGGUAAUUCAAGUCUUGUUUUAUUUAGCACCCACGUUUAUUUAUGACUUAUGA